AUGGCAGCGCCAGAGAGUUGCGUGGUGGACGUGGCCUUGCCUGGCAACGUCCUCCCCGAGGCCGCACCUGAGGAAGCUGGCGCCGUGGUGGUUGAAAAUGACCUGCCGGCAGCUAUCGAGGUGCAGUUGGGCCAAGAGGUGAGGGUCCUCUAUCCCGGAAGAAAUGGCCGAUUCCAGACCGGUCAAUCGGACAAAGUGUCGGUUUCGCUGAGGGAUGAACCCCACAUCUCUGGCAGCUGCCAGGUUUCGGAGGGCGCUGCGACACUCGUCGCGUCGGAAUCCUUCGGGUCCUUCGGCCCGCAGGCACGCGAGCUGGGGCAGAAAGAGCAGCAGGAGGUGGAGCGGGAGAAGUCGCUACUGGAAGAUCGGAAGAAGAGGGUGGAAAGGGUACGACGAGAAAUCUCCAGUUUCACCAUGCGAUGUUUCUAUGGCAACCUCUCGUGCACGGCGCUGCUCUUCUGUGCGCUGGUGGCGUACAUCUUCGUGGAUCCCAACAGCGUGGGGAAUCCAGGGCUUCUCUUCAUAACGCUGGUGCUGUUGCUGAUGGGCCUGAGUACCAGCAGCUUCUGUGUCAUGAUGCACGGGGCCACCAUUCCAAGGCCAAUGGCGAAAAAGUUGACGUUCCACGGGGGCCAGGCUUGCUGCUUCCUGGGCGGGCUUGCUGCGACAAUAGCCAUUACUAUGUAUGUGAUAGCUGGAUUCUGGUGGGCGGCGCUGGCGGCUGGCUUGCCCACCUGUAUCCUCCUCGUUCUCAUGUGCCUUUUUCGGCGCGAGGCUCGCUUUAAGGACCAUGUUGGUGAGGCCGAGGCCCGGGAGAAGGCGAUAGUUGACGGCAAGACCAUCGUGUUUGUGGGCCAGGUUCUUCCAGGUAGAGGUAGGACGUGUGUCUGCUCAUGGCCGGGGAAGUAUCAGUCUGCCUGGGAUGCCUUGGUCACCGGGAGCCGCAGUGGCGACAUCAGCGCCGCCGUGGUCUUCUUGCCCUAUGGGUCGAAGGACUUCGGGGUCCACGACCGCGUCCCGGCGGAGGAGCAUCUGCAGGGCUGCUGCUGGUGCAUGCCCAUCUACGGGGAAAGGAAGCCCUGGGGAUGCCGUUGGUGGACAAACUGGAUCCGCAACAUUGAGGAGGCCCACAACCGAGGCGCGGAGAUGGAGGUGUACUUCUUCAAAGGUAUGAGGGGCAAGGGGAAAGUUCGGGACUUCUCCACGGCCGGAGAGGAGCACAAGAGGCGCGAAGCGAUUCAGAGCAAGGGGCAAGAUUUCCUGAAGUCGGAGGCAUAUUCCAAGGCCCAAGACCAAGGCGUGGAAGACCUGUCGAAGGAGCUGCGAGGGGACUCUUCCUCGCAGUUCUCACGCGAGGUGCAGCGCCUCUUCUGGGCAUGGCUUCCUGAGGAGGAGAGGAGCUUCCUGGAGGCAUCCGAGGGCCUGGGAAACUCGCAAAAGGCCGAGGUGGCGUGGCUCGAAAGGAAGGGCUAUCGUUACACCGAGGUAGAAGUAGAUAUCUCCAAGUGGCUGCAGGUCAUGUGA